UUUAUUUAUUUGCUAUGCUCAUGUUAACAAUCAGUGAUUAGUCAGCUUACAAAAACAAGCAUUCCUUUUUGAGAAUGUUGACAAGACCCUUGAAACCCAAUUUGGUGGAUCUCUUUUCCUUGCAGAGAUAGAGCUGCCUGCUUUGCUAUUCAGAAAGGAUUACAGGCAUCCCGUAGUGACAUUAAGUUAUUUAAGCAUAAUGACAUGGCUGACCUCGAGCGACUACUAAAAGAACAAGAGAUCGAAGAUCAAAAGAAUCCUCGCAAGGCUCGUGUAACUCGGCGUUUCAUUGUAGUCGAAGGAUUGUAUAUGAAUACUGGAACUAUUUGUCCUCUUCCAGAAUUGGUUAAGUUAAAAUACAAAUACAAAGCAAGAAUCUUCCUGGAGGAAAGCCUUUCAUUUGGAGUCCUAGGAGAGCAUGGCCGAGGAGUCACUGAACACUAUGGAAUCAAUAUUGAUGAUAUUGAUCUUAUCAGUGCCAACAUGGAGAAUGCACUUGCUUCUAUUGGAGGUUUCUGCUGUGGCAGGUCUUUUGUAAUUGACCAUCAGCGACUUUCCGGCCAGGGAUACUGCUUUUCAGCCUCGUUACCUCCCCUGUUAGCUGCUGCAGCAAUUGAGGCCCUCAACAUCAUGGAAGAGAAUCCAGGGAUUUUUGCAGUGUUGAAGGAAAAGUGCGGACAAAUUCAUAAAGCUUUACAAGGCAUUUCUGGAUUAAAAGUGGUGGGGGAGUCCCUUUCUCCAGCCUUUCACCUACAACUGGAAGAGAGCACUGGGUCUCGCGAGCAAGAUGUCAGACUGCUUCAGGAAAUUGUAGAUCAAAUGGGAAAACCAAGGCCAAAGAAUAGGUGACCUGGCCAAAAUGACGGAGGGCUACUCCAGCAUCUGCCUUCUAUGGCCACUACCAGGACCAGAUGACAGAAUACAACUGAGCAGGCUCUGUGGGAAUGAGGGCCCAGGGGUCUGGCAGGCAGGGCAAGGCUGACCCAGGGUGGCCACAGCAGCUCAUCCGGACUUGCCAAGGACUGGUGGACUGGAAUCCAGCCCUAGGACUUUAUUUCCCUCCAUCAGAACACCUGUAUGCCUACUUUGCAGGUCAAAGAACUGAAGGUCUCAGGGGUGUCCAAGUGGCUGUGCCACCCCCCCCGCACCUCACCCCAUUAUCCCAGGGAGAGAGAUUCUCAGGCAGGAGUCUGUUGUGCUGUGUGACUUGGGGAAACUUGCUCCCUCUCUCUGAUUCCUGAUCUCCUAUUUUUAGAAGGUGAGGGGGUGGGGCUGAUGUGGACAUCCUUGGUGCUGAGACUCACAGCUGGGAGGGGGAGCUGCAGGCCUGGACCCCUGAGAGGCAGUGUCCUGAUCCCUGGCCUACCCUUCCAGGCCUCAAGAAGGGGACAUGAGACCCCAGGGCCCACCCCACUCCCGGGGCCCAGCAGCAGUCCUGGUGCCGUCUCCCUCCACCCAGCCCCAGCACCAGGCCCUGGCGCCCCGUCCAGUUCCGUGGACCCCACACCCAGUCCUGGGACCGAGAGCGGGA